UUCCGGCGGGCGGCGAACGCAUCUUGCUCUCAGUUAGUCCAUUUCGUUAUUUUCUGUGUGAAUUCCGAUCGAAAGUGACCAACAGUGCCGCUAAAAUGCUCAAAGACGGCAAAUCGAAUCUCCCCUGGGUGGAGAAGUACCGUCCGGCCACCCUCAGCGAUCUCAUUUCCCACGAGGAAAUCAUCUCCACAAUCAACAAAUUCAUCCAGGAGGAGCAGCUUCCGCACCUGCUGUUCUAUGGCCCGCCCGGAACGGGUAAAACCAGCACGAUUCUGGCGUGCGCCCGGCAGCUCUACAAACCGCAGUCCUUCAACCAGAUGGUGCUGGAGCUGAACGCUUCGGACGACCGUGGUAUCAACAUCGUCCGCAACCAGAUCCUGAACUUUGCCUCGACGAGGACGAUUUUCAGCGGCGGGUACAAGUUGAUCAUUCUGGACGAAGCCGAUGCCAUGACCAACGACGCGCAGAACGCCCUGAGGCGAAUCAUCGAGAAGUACACGGACAAUGUGCGGUUCUGUAUUAUUUGCAAUUACCUCAGCAAGAUUAUUCCGGCGCUGCAGUCGAGAUGCACUCGGUUCCGAUUUGCUCCGCUGGCGCCGGAUCAAAUUCUGCCGCGGUUGGAACACGUGAUCGAUGCCGAAGGGAUAAAGGUGUCGGAGGAUGGGAAGAAGGCACUGAUGACGCUGGCCGGAGGCGAUAUGCGGAAGGUGCUGAACGUGCUGCAGAGUACCUGGAUGGCGUACAAGGACGUUACGGAGGACAAUGUGUACACUUGCGUGGGUCAUCCGUUGAAAAUCGACAUCACCAACAUUGUCAACUGGCUGCUGAACGUGGAGAGCUUCCGGGAGACGUUUGAGAAAAUCCAAGAGCUGAAAACCAACAAGGGCCUCGCGCUGGAGGACAUCCUGACGGAGAUCCAUCUGUACGUGCACCGGAUGGAACUGCCGCCGAGGGUGAUGUCCCAGCUGUUGAUCAAGAUGGCUGCCGUGGAGGAACGGCUAGCCGCCGGAUGCGUUGAGAAACCGCAGAUGGCGUCGCUGAUUGCGGCGUUCCAGAUCGCCCGGGAUAAGGUAAUCGUGAAGGCUUGAGUGGAGGAGGUAAGUUACGUAAGCCCUAUUUUUAUGAAUAAAUGUUCUUUUCGUAUUGAAA